UGUCUUACAUCCCCUUCAGCGAUGCGUCUCCUUUCUUUCGAAUUCUCCGCCUCUUCAUUUCCUUCGAUUUGAGAAUUUUGCAGUUUCUAAUCUCCGGAGACGAAGCGAUUAGGGUUUGGGAUCUCAACUGACGGCGGAUAUGGCGGAGAAGAAACAGUGGGUUGUGAUGGUGACGGCGCAGACGCCGACUAACAUCGCCGUGAUCAAGUACUGGGGUAAGAGAGAUGAGGCUCGUAUCCUACCCAUCAACGAUAGCAUUAGCGUCACGCUUGAUCCCGAUCAUCUCUGCACCGUCACCACCGUCGCCGUUAGCCCCGCUUUUGAUCACGAUCAAAUGUGGCUCAAUGGCAAGGAAAUCUCCCUUUCCGGAAGUAGGUACCAGAAUUGUUUACGGGAAAUUCGAAAUCGUGCUGGUGAUGUCGAAGACAAAGAAAAGGGUAUCAAGAUUGAAAAGAAAGAUUGGGAGAAGUUGCAUCUACACAUUGCUUCUUAUAACAACUUCCCUACUGCUGCUGGCUUAGCAUCUUCAGCUGCUGGAUUUGCCUGUCUAGUGUUUGCUCUUUCAAAGUUGAUGAAUGUAAAUGAAGAUCCAAGCCAACUUUCUGCUAUAGCCAGGCAAGGUUCAGGAAGUGCCUGCCGCAGUUUAUUUGGUGGAUUUGUCAAGUGGACUAUGGGAAACAAAGAAGAUGGAACUGACAGCUUGGCGGUUCAACUGACAGAUGAGAAGCACUGGAAUGAUCUUGUUAUCAUCAUUGCUGUGGUGAGUUCACGGCAGAAGGAAACAAGCAGCACUUCAGGAAUGCGUGAGAGUGUUGAGACAAGUUUGCUCUUACAGCAUAGAGCAAGGGAUGUUGUGCCUCAACGUGUUUUGCAAAUGGAAGAAGCCAUAAAAAAUCGUGAUUUUGCAUCUUUUGCACAAUUGACAUGCGCUGACAGUAAUCAGUUUCACGCUGUUUGCUUAGAUACAUCUCCUCCCAUAUUUUACAUGAAUGACACUUCCCACAGGUUAAUUAGCUUAAUCGAAAAGUGGAAUCGUUCUGAGGGGAGCCCUCAGGUUGCUUACACUUUUGAUGCGGGGCCAAAUGCUGUCAUGAUUGCACCCAAUAGAAAGGUGGCAGUUCAAUUGCUUCAGAAGCUGCUCUUCUGCUUCCCCCCAAAGCCUGACACUGAUAUGAAUAGUUACGUCUUAGGUGAUAAAUCGAUUCUCCAAGAGGCUGGAUUUGAAGGAGCAAAUGGUGUGGAAGGUCUGCCUCAUCCACCAGAAAUGAAAGAAGGGGAAGUGAGCUAUUUUAUCUGCACCAGACCUGGAAGAGGUCCUAUUGUGCUUCACGAUCAAACCCACGCGCUUCUUGAUCCCGAAACCGGCCUGCCCAAGUAAUCAGUUCUCCUCGUCACUUCCGUUUGUGCAGCAAUCCUUUUGUGUUGCUUACUGCAUUUCCGAGAUUCUCCAUUCAAUUUGUCUUGGAAUGUUUGCUGCAAAUAGUCAUAUCAUUGUUCUCUAGUGCAUUGUACUUCAAUUGGAUUCCUUGUUGCUGGCAUCUUCCUCCCAAUAAGUGGUGAUGACUUGUGCUCCUUGGCAUUGUUUCUUUAGAUGCAAUCUGAAGUGUUUCAGUUUCAGACUCUUUGAGGUAUUAGGGUUCUUGUUGGGUUCAAGGAAAGGUGGGUUCAAUUCCA